AUGUCAUUUGGUCCCAACCUCAACAAGACUGGAAUCAUUGCGGCCAGCUGGAUCAUACGUGGACUUCAGAAACCGCCACGAGAUGUCAUCAAGUCAAAAGUGCAAAGCCAGACCGGCUCGAUGCAUUUUUCUGUAAAGACCGCGCUGACACCUCCGACCAAUUCUUUCUUACAUAAGGCGUUCACGAGUGCUCCUGGAUCCGACAACCCUCACGUGCUGAUCGACGUUCAAAUGUGGACACAGUGGUACAAAGUACAGACUGGCCCGGCCGGCGUCACUCCGGCCGCAACCCGAUCGUCUCCUGAUGCAAAUGUAGCCGUACGCUGCGCGACACACUCGACGCGCCUUCACGAGAGUGCGUUGGCAAUUAUAGGACCUUGUCUCGUGCAUCAUCCCAACAGCCAUCGACGAAGCACUGCCAUGGCGUGCUUUCCCGGUCCAAUGAUGCCGAUGCCAAUGCCGAUGCCUGGCAUGAUGGGUGGACUACCUGGCACGAUGGGAGGACUACCUGGUGCCGGGCGAAGGCCAAGAGGCUUAGGCGGACCAUCUUUCGGCAUGAACCCGAUGUUUGGCCGUGGACUGCCAAUGGCAGGUCCCUUUGGCAGUGGAAGCCCGUUCGGCCCAUCGGGCAUGUUUGGGGCGGGAGGCGGUGGUCCUUUCGGCGGCGGAGGGCCGUUCGGCGGACCCAUGGGCAAUUUGCCUUUGCCGAUGAUGCCGGGUAUGCCGGGUAUGCCGGGCAUACCUGGCAUGGUGGGAGAAAUGGUGCCUGGAAUCAUGGCAGGAUGCGGUGUUGGUGGCGGCUUGGGCAGCGGUAUGGGUAUGGGACCGAUGAUGGGAGUCAUGGGAAUGGGACCGAUGAUGGGAGGAGUGGGCAUGCGACCGCUCAAUUCACGUUGGUUCGACUACAUUGUCGACAAUGACGAGGAGCGGGACGAAGAUGACGAAAAUCCACUAGACUACUUCUCGUAUUACUACAAGAGAAUGAAUCGCGAGAGGAGGAGAAGGCGGCGCCUAUGGGAUGUUGAGUAGGUAAGUCGAAUGGAUGUGUUUUCCAUCUAUCGCUUUCAGACAUCACUGACGCAGCGAGUCCGCAGCAACCUGAGAUUAUCACCAGGUGUGCAGAGGUGGGCAGGAGGCC